AUGAAAAAGAUAUAUAAAGGGAACCCUCGAGCAGCCCACAUAACACUCGAUGGCCCUCCUCAUGAAAGAUCAUCAAGGAGAACUUCGAAAGUAAAGUAUACUGAGAUAAUCAUGUCAAUUGCUCAGCAGGUUCGUUUUGGUAACACCGGUCUAAAGAUUUCACCCAUUGUGGUUGGAUGCAUGUCAUUCGGAUCCAAAGAAUGGGCCGAUUGGCUCAUUGAAGAUAAGGAAGAGGUCUUUAAGAUUCUAAAGCGUGCCUACGACCGUGGAUUAAGAACUUAUGAUACCGCUGAUGUUUAUUCCAAUGGGUUGAGUGAACGUAUUUUGGGUGAAUUCUUGCGCCAUUACAACAUUAACAGGGAAACUGUUGUUAUUUUAACCAAGGUGUUUUUCCCUACUGAUGAAAGCAUUCAUGUGACAAGCAAGUUUGAUUUUAGUGAGCAGGAAUUGCUUACACUCACCAAUCAAAGAGGUUUGUCCCGUAAGCACAUCUUGGCUGGUGUCAAGGCUUCCAUUGAGAGGUUAGGUACGUAUAUCGAUGUUUUACAAAUUCACAGAUUAGACCAUGAAACUCCAAUGGAAGAGAUUAUGAGAGCCUUAAACGAUGUUGUCACCCAGGGCGAUGUUCGUUACAUUGGUGCCUCUUCCAUGUUGGCCACUGAAUUCGCCGAAUUGAACUUUAUCGCUGAGCGUCACGAUUGGUUUAAGUUUGUCAGUUCACAAUCCUAUUACAGUUUAUUGUACAGAGAGGAUGAACGUGAAUUGAUUCCAUUUGCUAAACGUCACGGUAUCGCAUUAAUCCCAUGGUCACCAUUGUCUGGUGGUGCUUUAACAAGACCAUUGGGCGGAACAUCUAAUCGGUCCCAGACUGAUAACUUUAAGGGCAUCCUUGGUGUAGACAAUCUAAAAGAUAACGAAAAGGAGAUUGUCAAUCGUUUGGAAAAGGUCGCCAAUGAAAAGGGUCAAUCCAUGGCUGCAGUGGCUACAGCCUGGGUACUACACAAGGGUUGCAACCCAAUUAUUGGUUUUAACUCUAUAAAACGUGUUGAUCAAGCAUUGGAUGCAUUGGAAGUGAAACUCUCUGAACAAGAGAUUAGCUAUUUGGAAGAGCCUUACCUACCUCGUAAUCUGGUUAUGUAG